AUGUCUGAAAUUCCACAAAUAAAAUACGCAAUCUUCGAUCUUGAUGGGACAUUACUUGAUACAGAAAUAUUAUACACAAUUGCUACUCAACAGUAUUUGGAUGAAUACGCUAAUGGAGCUAAAUUUACUUAUGACAUUAAAAAAGAAAUGAUGGGAAGACAUAUCGAGAUUGCCACUAAACGAUUAAUGGAUAUCCUUCAUAUUAAUGAUACACUUGAACAUGCAGUACAAUACAAAAUUGAUCAUUUAAAUAAUUUAUGGUCAACAGUAAAACCAUUACCAGGAGCAAUAAGGAUAUUAAAUUAUUUUAAAAGACACCAUAUCCCUAUAGCCCUUGCUACUUCAACCACCAAAUCUGUUUUUGAACAAAAAAUGGUUAAAAACAAAGAGAUGCUCAAUUAUUUUGAUGCAAUUGUUCUUGGAGAUGAUCCUCAUGUAAAAGAAGCUAAACCACAUCCACAAAUAUUUUUACGUGCUGGUCAUUUACUUGGAUGCACUGAUAUGAAACAAGCAAUUGUAUUUGAAGAUGCAGUACUUGGUGUCCAAGCAGGAAUUGCAUCUGGAGCUUAUACAGUGGCUAUUCCAGAUAAAGAAUGUGCAAAUGACCCUUAUUUUGAAAAAGCAUAUGUACUACUGAAAUCACUUAAUGAAUUUGACCCAACAAAAUUUGGACUUCCAGAUGAUUACUAA